ACCGAAAAAUAUAUAUACAGUUUAACUUUGAUAAAAUAUGAAUUCUUAUCCUGGUAGUUCAUCUUAUUUAUCAUCAUCUUCUUCAGAUGAUGACUAUUAUGAUGAUAUAGAAAUGCAAGUAGUAGGUCAAAUUACUGCUAACAAUAAUUUUUGCGUUGCUCAACACCAAAAAACCAAAGGCUCACGUCGAGGCUCGAUUCCUGGUCAUAUAGUUAUCAACCGUGACCGGGAAAGUGCUAAUCGCAAUCUCUUCAACGACUAUUUUGCAGAGAAUCCUCGAUUUACCGAUUUAAUGUUUCGCCAAAGAUUUCGAAUGGUUCGUCCUUUAUUCCUUCAUAUUUUGGAUGCUAUACAAAGACAUGACAAUUACUUCAUCCAGCGAAGGGAUGGAAUGGGUAAACUCGGGUUAUCAGGUUUGCAAAAAGUAACAGUUGUAUUUCGAAUGUUGGUGUAUGGUGUACCAGCAGAUGCUACCGAUGAAUACAUCAAAAUAGGAGAAUCUACAACUGUAGAAAGCUUGAAGCGAUUUUGUCGUGCUGUUGUCGAGGUGUUUGGAGCCCGCUAUCUCCGAUCACCUAACGCUAAUGAUGUUGCAAGAUUACUCCACAUUGGUGAACGUCGAGGUUUUCCUGCUGAAGGUAUUGCUCCACCUGCUAAUUAUGUUAUUAAAGGAAAAGAGUAUAAUAUGGGUUAUUAUUUAGCUGAUGGUAUAUAUCCAAAAUGGUCUACUCUUGUUCAAAGUAUUCAUGAUCCACGUCAUCCAAAAAAGAAAUUAUUUGCAAUGAAACAAGAAGCAUGUAGAAAAGAUGUGGAACAUGCAUUUGGAGUACUGCAGUCUAGAUUUGCAAUUAUUGCUGGACCGGCACGUCUUUGGAAUAAAAAAGUAUUACAUGAUAUAAUGACUUCUUGUAUUAUUAUGCAUAAUAUGAUAAUUGAAGAUGAACGUGAUAUUAAUGCAUCAAUUGAAGAGCGAGUCGAAGUGCCAAGUCCAGAAGUUCAGAUGGUAGAAGAUGAUAAUGCUCGGUUUCAAGAAUUUCUUACUAGACAUAGAAAAAUCAAGGAUAAGGAAGCUCACAUUGAGCUUCGAAAUGCAUUAAUUGAGCACUUGUGGGACGAAUAUGGUAACUCACAAAAUUAAAAUAUAUAUUUUCAAGUGUGUCUUUUAGGUUUAAUUUAAUCUAAUGUAUUGUAAUAUUUUAUUUUUCUAUGAAUGUAAUA